CGGAGUAUGUGCCCGCGGCGCCCGGCCGCUCCCGCUGCUACCCCUGCUGCUGCUGCUGCUGCCGCUGCUGCUGCCGCCGCCGCUGCUGCUGCUGCUGCUGCUGCCGCUGCCGCCGCUGCUGCUGCUGCUGCUGCUGCUGCUGCUCCAGCUGCUCCUGCUGCCGCCGCCGUCGCUCCUGCCCUGGUCGGCCUCAACAGCUGCGGCAGCAGUACUACUACUACCCACGUCGUCGACGUCGUCGUCUCGGGCUGUUGUGGAUAUUAUUACUCCAAGCAAGGGCGGGUGGGCGUGUCGGUGCCGUGACCGCUGUGGUGGGGGCAGCUGAAGCAGCAGCCGCCAGUGAAAGAGAAAGGGGGAAAGGGGGAAGAGAGAGAGAGAGGAAAAUAAGGGAAAGUAAGAGAGAGAGAGAGAAAGAGACAUCGCCUCAUCCUCGUCUCUCAGUGAUUCAGUUGCGAAAGAAAGAGAGAGAGAGCGCGGAGGAAGAAGCCGCAGUGGUGGUGUGGUGCUGUUCGUUCACUUUGGGAUUAUCUAUCUCAUCUCGUCUUUCUUGAUUGAUUGACGUGAGUCUCUCGCAGGGCAGAGGCCGAAGCACGUGUAGCAGCAGCAGCACGCCCUGCUCGCUCACGCCCUCGCCCGUGGCUGCUUCCAUCGGCCCCCACCAUGGCCUCCACCGGACAGGCCAGCGGUACUAACAAGGCUGUCAAUGGCGGCCGAUUUGACUUCGAUGACGGAGGAACUUACUGUGGCGGAUGGGAGGACGGCAAGGCCCACGGCCACGGAGUCUGCACGGGGCCCAAGGGCCAGGGCGAGUACUCGGGCUCCUGGCACUACGGCUUCGAGGUCAGCGGAAUCUACACUUGGCCAAGCGGCAGCACCUACGAAGGCCAAUGGCAGAACGGCAAGCGUCAUGGACUAGGCGUUGAGACGAGAGGCCGUUGGGUCUACCGUGGCGAGUGGACUCAGGGUUUCAAAGGUCGCUACGGAGUCAGACAAUCCACCUCUUCGGCAGCCAAGUACGAGGGCACUUGGGCCAACGGUCUCCAAGAUGGCUACGGUUCAGAGACAUAUGCCGAUUCUGGUACAUACAAGGGUCAGUGGCUGAGAGGCCUUCGGCAUGGGUACGGCGUCAGGACCUCCGCACAAUUCGGCCAGGCCUCCGUCAGUAGACCUAGAGCCAACAAUAGGGGUUCCACCACUUCCUUACGAUCCGACGGUGCUGGCGAUCCCUUAGCAGACAGAGAUAGAAAAGUGGACGACGGGCGCGGCGGGUUCGUACUACGGGCGAGGAGUGACGAGGUACCCAGAAGACGAGGGAGCCUCGUGGAAAAGUCGAGUAACAUCAAAAAUGUAUUCAAGGGUCUCAAGAUGCGACGUCAGAGAAGUACGGGUGAUAUCCAGAGCGGACGCGCGUCCGGUUCCAUCCGAUCGACGGGGUCUUCGGCUUCGUGGAUGUCCACAGACUCAGGCCAGUCGGCAUACACUACCGGUGACGUUCCGGACGAGGGUUCCAAUGCUUCCUUCAUCAUCGAGGUAGGGUUGCAGGACGAACAGCUGGACGCCAGCGUGAUCGAGAACUACAUGGGAGAGUGGAAGAAUGACAAGCGCUGCGGAUUCGGCGUUUCCGAGAGGACGGACGGUCUCAAGUACGAGGGCGAGUGGUACAACAACAAGAAGUACGGCUACGGCGUCACAACGUUCAAGGAUGGCACAAAAGAAGAAGGCAAAUACAAGAACAACGUCCUGAUCACAUCGAACAAGAAGAAGCACGUGUUCCUCAUUCGCUCAGCCAAAUUCCGAGAGCGAAUUGAAGCAGCCGUUGCAGCUGCCCAAAGAGCAGCCAAAAUUGCCAUGCAGAAGGAGGAUAUUGCUAUUUCUAGGACUGCCACAGCACGAGGCAAGGCCGAACAGGCAGACAAAUCAGCAGUCCAUGCCAGGGAGGACUCAGAUAUUGCCAGAAUUUUUGCCAAACAAUUUGCUCCAGAUUUUCACCAACCAGGAGUGGAUGCAAUCAAAGCGAACCUGGCAGCACGUGGAGGGCAGACAGAUAUAUCGAAACUGCCUCCAGGGAAGCCAAAAGACGAGAUCGGAGGUCCAAGAUCCAAAUCCCUGUAUGUCAAAGGCGGAAUGGAUGACUACAUUUCAAGAACAGACGCGACCGUAACGCAAGAGGCUGACUCCUUAUCACCACCUCCCGGAGGCGGGGGAGGUCCAGGAUACACUGCCUACAGCUUGAGCGGCGGCGACAUGCCAGCCGAUCUCGGAGGCCCUCGAAGAACGUCUGUAAAUGCAAAUCCAGGUAUUGACGGCUCGUUACAACACAUAGGCAACGCUCUCGACAGCAGCAGUCGUACAUCGAUGCGGGGGUUGAAGCAAAAGGGAAUGGAUUUCGGUGGAUUUUCUAGUGCUAUCAUGAACGAUCGCUUUGAUCAUUACAACCGACCUCCUUCUCGAGGACCUUCCAGAGACAGAUCAGUGGACAGGUUCACCUCUCGAGGACAAACUCCAGUACCGCCAGAACUCAUAAACCCGAGAUCACGCGCUCCAUCAGCCCAACGAACCACUGCCCAAGACUGGACCCCUGAUUCUGGGGUUUAUGAGGAUGAAGCUGCAGUGCCCAUCACUGCUGGAUCCAGGCGCUCUUCAAGGCCAGCAUCUAUAAUCUCUAGCGAGGCUCCUCCACCCCUCACAGGGAAUGGUUCAGUCGGUGGUGGCUUCACUGUUCCCUACACUAUCCCAGCUACACAGCAGGAGGCAGAAGCGCUCUUGAGGCAAAGGGCUUGUGGUCAAGAGAUCCCAGCCAGUCCACCCACUCCCAUGGGACAGGGAUCCGUUAAACGCACAGAAUCCCUCUACAUUAAUCCUAUUGUGAGGCGUCAGGCGCAAGUCAAGGUGGCGCCACCACCUAUUGUCAAACGUAAGAAGUCGCUGCCAGAUGUACAAGCAUUGCCGGUUAACAUCAUGUCACGCGAGGAAGCUUCUGUUCUUAGUUCAGCCCAAAGGCAGGAAUUCCGUCGUCAGGCAGAGGAGGCCGAGUUGUACAGGGCAAACCCACUCUUAUACCUCACGAGUCCUGCGGUCCAAGAUUGGUUCUCCCGCCAGCGGCUAGUAAUGCUCAUCCUUUUCCUAAAUUUGUCGUUGGCAUUGAUGUUCUUCAAACUUCUGUCGUAGCAGCCAGCAAGGACAAAGGUGGUUAAGGCUACCUUCCUUGCUGCCGUCGCCGCCACGUGAGGCUCACACACACUCGCCGUAGUAGUCCCACCUCAGGGAGUGCCCGUGCAGUAGCAGCAGCAGCAGUCUAUAUGGCAGCCCUGCAGGGCAAUCCUGCGCCUUGGCCGCCCCUCGUGCCUUCCUCAGCAGAUUAUGCCUGCGACUUGCCUGCUCACGUGUGUGUGCGUGUGUGUGUGUGUGCUGUCAGAAUCUCUAUUUUGUUAUGGUUCGUGCCGCGUCCUGCCGCCCAAGUGUGAGCCGUCCCUUUUUGUACCACCACCACCGUUGUAGCCGAUGUCCUCAGGUGGGCGGUUCAGAGCUCAUAAUGACCCUGCCUAUCCACCCACCCACACCUGAGCCAACCUAUGCUGACCUAGGGGUUGGGAGGAAGAGGCAACAUUAUUCAAUAGAAAACAGAGGAGUAUACUGUACGUCAAAGAGAGCCAUCUCUGCUGGACUCCGUGGAGGUCUCGGUUUCAACAAAAGAUGAGAAAACCAGAAAUUGAUUUCAAAAUGCAAACAUACAUAUUAUAAUGGAUGAGCUCUUUGUCCCUCGUGGAGUGUUUUGGCUGUGCCUCAUUUCCUUCAUAACCUGACCACAAACUCACUCUAAUAAUGGCUGGGGUUAUUCUGUACAUAGCAUCUUUUGCUACCAUUGACUGUGACUUCAGCCACGUCGACUCAACUCCGGAAGACUCGAGCAGCUGCAAAGUCACUCCACAACACCCCGGCGGUUCACUCUCGCCGUACUUGCAUAAUAGGCACUAGAUUUUCUAUCCACCUAUCCAUGAUAAUAUUUGUCAAUUUCAGUACAGAUUUAUAUUAUUGUAAUUUCUAGUACUGGUCAAUUUUUAAGAGAAUUAUAUAACGAAAUGCCUCUUUAAUGCCAGAGGUCAUAUUGACUUUUGAAUAGAGGCAGUGUACAGAGGAGAAGCAGACGAAACGAAUCGCCGCCUGUCUGUCUGCAUCAGGUCUCCCCGGGUGUUUCUCGCCAGAGGAACACAAAACGUGAACAGAGAAACUCACAGAAACAACAGAAAACAAAACUAAACUUACAAAUAAACGAGAGGAGGGGAGCAAAAAACAGCAUCAUCAUUGUAUUUUUUCAGUUUUCAGUCAUUGAAUUCUGA